AUGAGCAUCACGUCAAACACGCAGGUUUAUUCUGAGCUUCGAGACCUCCGUCUACUCUAUACGUCAAAGUCUCCAAGAACUCUGCCGAUUCUACACAUUCAAAUUAGGAUGCCUAGAGUCAUCUUCAACUUCCAUGAUGGCCCCUUUGGUGGUUCCGGAGGUCGCGGCGGCGGCUUCAGGGGCCGCUGUGACUACCGUGGAAAAUAUGUCUAUGGCCAGCCAGAGGAAGGGGAUACUGCUACUCAGCAGCAGCUGGCUGAUCUUGAGGCCAGGAUGGACAAUAUUGAGGCACAUAUCCUAGCCCCUGCCCCUACCCCCAAGUAA